AUGGCUACAAAGGAGACUGGAAGUGGUGGUGGUGGUGGUGGUGGCUUCCAUAGUUAUGGACAUGAUGCAAAGAGCUCUAAUAAAGGAGGGGGAAAAGGAGGUUCAGGAUAUCUUCAGGGGGGAGGGGGUGGAAAGAUUUUUGGUGGGUUCGGAGGUGGCGGUGGUUUACGUAGUUCCAACAUGGGACCCGGCGGUGGUGGUGGUUUCACUGGGGGAAGUGGCGGGGCUAAUGAGGAGAUUUCCUGUGGGGGAGGGGGAGGAUCUUUUAACAAUGGAACAAAUCAGCAAAAUGAAUGUUGCUAUAAUAUCGCUGGUCAUGGCUGGGAGAAUCACAGAUCACUUUUUGAUUGUAUUGCAGGUGGUGGUGGUGGUGGCUUCCAUAGUAAUGGACAUAACGCAACGAGCUCUAUUAAAGGAGGGGGAAAAGGAGGUUCAGGAUAUCUUCAGGGGGGAGAGGGUGGAAAGUUUUAUGGUGGGUUCGGAGGUGGCGGUGGUUUACUCAUAUUCAACAAAGGACCCGGCGGUGGUGGUGGUUACACUGGGGGAAGUGGCGGGAUUAAUGAGGAUAUUUCCUGUGGAGGAGGGGGAGGAUCUUUUAACAAUGGAACAAAUCAACAAAAUGAAUGUUGCAAUAAUAGCGCUGGUCAUGGUUGGAACUCUGAUUGUAGUGUUGAGAUUUCUGUAGUGUCCCAGCGAAAUUCCUUUGCAAUUGGCUAUCUUCAAAAGGGCACAAUAACUAGCAAGAAGAUGGGUUACUUUCAGUCUCCUUCGCAGCCAUUCUCUGAACGUGGUGGCGGCGGCUUCCAUCGUAAUGGACAUGAUGCCAAGAGCUUCAUUGGUGUAGGGGGAAAAGGAGGUUCAGGAUAUCUUCAGGGAGGAGAGGGUGGAAAGUUUGUUAGUGGGUUCGGAGGUGGCGGUGGUUUACUUAUUUUCAACACAGGACCUGGCGGUGGUGGUGGUUACACUGGGGGAGGUGGUGGGGCUAAUGAUGAUAUUUCCUGUGGGGGAGGGGAAGGAUCUUUUAACAAUGGAACAAAUUAA